CUUUUUUUUUUUUUGUCUCCUCAGACGUGGUGGCUAACAACAACGACAGAGAACCAUUUAUAGAGCUUCAUGUGGUGAAACGAAGGAUUUUCCCAAGACGUGGUGGCUAACAACAACGACAGAGAACCAUUUAUAGAGCUUCAUGUGGUGAAACGAAGGAUUUUCCCAAGUGGGUUGCACCUGAAGAUCACAGGUCCAUCGGAGAAUGGCACUGAACCAGGAUGAAAUAAUAGAAGGAAUGGAGAUUAAAAUGGAAGUGGAAGAAGUGGCAACCAAUUCUGAAGUGCAGGUAGAUGUUGCUGGCAGUGAAGAGUCAGAUAAAGCCUUGUCCAAUAGUAACCUCGCAACACCUAAAAGGGGGCGGGGUAGGCCACCCAAAUAUGGAUCAGUCUCCAAGUCCGAUAAAGCCUUGUCCAAUAGUAACCUCGCAACAUCUAAAAGGGGGCGGGGUAGGCCACCCAAAUAUGGAUCAGUCUCCAAGUCAGAUAAAGCCUUGUCCAAUAGUAACCUCGCAACACCUAAAAGGGGGCGGGGUAGGCCACCCAAAUAUGGAUCAGUCUCCAAGUCAGAUAAUGCCUUGUCUAAUUGUAACCCCUCAACACCUAAGAGAGGUAGACCUAAAGGAUCAGUGUUUAUGAAAACCAAGAUGCUGAAGGUGAUCGGCCUCGCGGCGGCUUGCCUACCCCGAACACCAGAUGACCCCUCCCCAAAGAAGCGUGGCCGACCCCAAAAAAAGAAGCGUGGCCCGCCCAGUAAAGUUGAAUCGACAAGGAAGAGCCUAACACCCAAGGGGGAAGAGGAUGGAAAACUGGAAAGCCAAGCAAGGCGGUCCCCCGGAAGGCCGCGUAUCUAUCCACUCAUUGAUUCUCCAGUCACUGAGCCCAGGGGAAGAGGUCGCCCACGCAAGACGGAGGAUGCCACCAAGUCCCCCAUCUAUGAUGGUCCCCCACGGAAAAGGGGCCGUCCCCCUGGUGCAGCAAACAAAGUUAAGGGGGCAGAGCAGGAUAAGGACAACGGUGAACCUCCAGUCAAACGCUCCUUCCACGCCAAAGAAAAAAGCAAGGAAGCAGGAUUUCCACCAGUCGAAGAAUGUGAUCAGGAAGAUGAAACGGGGAGGGUGGAUCAAGAAAGUGAAAAGUGGAAGGUGGAAUAUAGAGAAGACCCCAAGAAGCCAGUUACCCCCAGUGACCCCACUAGCUUUCUCUGGGCAAGUCACAUAACACCUAACAGAGGUAGGCCGAAAGGAUCGGUCUCCAAGUUACUGGGUAGCCCCAUAACACCUAAGAGAGGUAGACCUAAAGGAUUAGUGUUUACACAACCCAAGAUACUGAAGGCGACGGGCGAGCCGCCGCGAGGCCAACCUCGAGAAGUGGUUGACCUCUCCCUUGAUAAGCAUGGCCGGCCCAGUAUAGUUCAAUUGAAAAGGGGAAGGCCAAAGAAAAGGGGAAGGCCAAAGAAGAUACUAACACCCGAUGAGGAAGAAGAGCUAAAGAAACUGGAAAGCCAACCAAGAAGACCAUGCGGAAGGCCACGUAUCUAUCCCUGCGAUGAUUCUCCAGUCACUGAGCCCAGGGGAAGAGGUCCCCCACGGAAAAGGGGCCGUCCCCCUGGUGCAGCAAACAAAGUUAAGAGGGGGGCAGAGCAGAAUAAGAACAACAGUGAACCUCCAGUCAAACGCUCCUUCCACGCCAAAGAAAAAAGCGAGGAAGCAGGAUUUCCACCAGUGGAAGAAAGUGAUCAGGAAGAUGAAACCGGGAGGGUGGAUCAAGAAAGUGAAAAGUGGAAGGUGGAAUAUAGAGAAGACCCCAAGAAUCCAGUUACCCCCAGUGAUCCCACUAGCUUUCUCUGGGCAAGUCACAUAACACCUAACAGAGGUAGGCCGAAAGGAUCGGUCUCCAAGUUACUGGGUAGCCCCAUAACACCUAACAGAGGUAGGCCAAAAGGAUCGGUCUCCAAGUUACUGGGUAGCCCCAUAACACCUAACAGAGGUAGGCCAAAAGGAUCAGUCUCCAAGUUACUGGGUAGCCCCAUAACACCUAACAGAGGUAGGCCAAAAGGAUCAGUCUCCAAGUUACUGGGUAGCCCCAUAACACCUAACAGAGGUAGGCCAAAAGGAUCGGUCUCCAAGUUACUGGGUAGCCCCAUAACACCUAACAGAGGUAGGCCUAAAGGAUCAGUCUCCAAGUUACUGGGUAGCCCCAUAACACCUAACAGAGGUAGGCCAAAAGGAUCGGUCUCCAAGUUACUGGGUAGCCCCAUAACACCUAACAGAGGUAGGCCUAAAGGAUCAGUCUCCAAGUUACUGGGUAGCCCCAUAACACCUAACAGAGGUAGGCCAAAAGGAUCAGUCUCCAAGUUACUGGGUAGCCCCAUAACACCUAACAGAGGUAGGCCUAAAGGAUCAGUCUCCAAGUUACUGGGUAGCCCCAUAACACCCAAUAGAGGUAGGCCGAAAGGAUCAGUCUCCAAGUUACUGGGUAGCCCCAUAACACCUAACAGAGGUAGGCCAAAAGGAUCCGUCUCCAAGUUAUUGGGUAGCCCCAUAACACCUAACAGAGGUAGGCCGAAAGGAUCGGUCUCCAAGUUACUGGGUAGCCCCAUAACACCUAACAGAGGUAGGCCGAAAGGAUCAGUAUUUACACAACCCAAGAUACUUAAGUUGAUCGGCCUCGCGGCAGCUUGCCUACCCCGAAAACCAGAUGACCCCUCCCCAAAGAAGCGUGGCCCGCCCAGUAAAGUUGAAUCGACAAGGAAGAGCCUAACACCCAAGGGGGAAGAGGAUAGAAAACUGGAAAGCCAAGCAAGGCGCCCCCCCGGAAGGCCGCAUAUCUAUCCACGCAUUGAUUCUCCAGUCACUGAGCCCAGGGGAAGAGGUCGCCCACGCAAGACGGAGGAUGCCACCAAGUCCCCCAUCUAUGAUGGUCCCCCACGGAAAAGGGGCCGUCCCCCUGGUGCAGCAAACAAAGUUAAGGGGGCAGAGCAGGAUAAGGACAACGGUGAACCUCCAGUCAAAUGCAACUUUCACUCCAAAGACAAAACAGACGAAGCAGGAUUUCCACCAGUAGAAGAAAGUGAUCAGGAAGAUGAAACGGGGAGGGUGGAUGAAGAAAGUGAAACGGGGAAGAAUAUAGAGAAGUCACCACGAAGCCAGUUACCCCCAGUGACUGUAAUAGCUUUAUCGGUGCCAUAAGCAGGAUAAUGUUUGGCGACAGCUCAGCCAGCGACGGUACCCCUUUAUCUAGUUUGUAAAAAUGUGUGUGCCAGUAUAGCCUGAUUUUUGAUAGAAAACUACAUGAUCAGAUGAGGGUGGCCUGUUAGGGUGAUCACUGUCAUGAACAUACACAGAAAAAAAGAAAAAAACGCAGCUUGUAAAGUGUUGCUCCCAUGUUUCAUGAGCUGAAAUAAAAGAUCCCAGACAUUUUAAAUACGCACAAAAAGCAACUCAAAUUGUGCAAAAUGUGUGUUUUACAUUCCUGAUAGUGAGCAUUUCUCCUUUGCUAAGAUAAAUCCAUCCACCAGACAGGUGUGCCAUAUCAAGAAGCUGAUUAAACAGCAUGAUCAUUACACAGCACAACCUUGUGCUGGGGACAUAAACGGCCACUAAAAUGUGCGGUUGUCGUCACACAAGUUGAGUGUGCAAUGUUGACUGCAGCAAUGUUCACCAGAGCUAUUGCCACAAUUUCAUUUUAUCGAUGGAAAUUUGAACGCACAGAGAUAGUGUGACAACAUCCUGAGGCCCAUUGUUAUGCCAUGUAUCUGCCGCCAUCACCUCAUGUUUCGGCAUGAAAAUGCACAGCCCCAAGUCACAAAGAAAUGUACACAAUUCCUGGAAGCUGUAAAUGUACCAGUUAUUCCAUGGCCGGCAUACUCACCAGACAUGUCACCCAUUGAGCACGUUUGGGAUCCUCUGGAUCAACAGCAUGUUCCAGGUCCCGCCAAUAUCCAGCAACUUCACACAGCCAUUUAAGAGGAGUGGGACAACAUUCCACAGGCCACAAUCAACAGCCUGAUCAACUAUACGAAGGAGAUGUCACGCUGCAUGAGGCAAAUACUGACUGGUUAUGAGCCACACCCCCUGCUUGUUUUAAAGGUAUCUGUGACCAAAAGAUGCUUAUCUAUUCCUAGUCAUGUGAAAUCCAUAGAUAAAAAAGGUCUAAUUCAUUUAUUUCAAUUGACUAAUUUCCUUAUAUGAACUGCACUUCAUGUUGAAUUUUUAUUUUUGUUCAGUGUAGAUAUUGCAUUCACCUUUUUAUGGGGUUAAAAUGGUUGUCAUUUGGACUGUGCAACUUUCAAUUCAACAUCCCUAAAAAUGUAUCCCUUAAGACAUACAGAUAUUCACUUCUGUGAGGGUUUUGUUCACUAAUAUUAUCCUUGUAGUUUUCUUAACAUUACUCAGAUCUUUAGGAUUUAGACUUCUGUACUUUGUCGGAUGUCAUAAGGUGAAUGCACCAAUUUGUAAGUCGCUCUGGAUAAGAGCGUCCGCUGAAUGACUUAAAUGUAAUGUAAAUGUCAGUCCUGAUAACUACUUUUUGAUUGUACCUGGGCCCGGUUUCCCAAAAGCAUCUUAAGGCUAAGUUCGUAGUUAGAGCCAUAGGAUCCUAUGGUUCUCAUGAACGUAGCCUUAAAAUGCUUUUGGAAAACUGGGCCCAGAGGAGUAACAUUUCAAACGGGGACAGCUUGUGUGAGAUUUUUCUAGGUUAGUCUCAAUUGAGUCUUCACAUUUUAGUCAACAUUUUCUAUAAUCAUGUUAUCGUCUGCCGGUGACAUUUUAAUGUCUGAGGGGUAGUAUGAAUGAGUUGUUUUCAGUGACUAAAUUGUGUAAGUUUACUGCAGUAAAAUGUCAGACGUAUUACAUUUGGUUUUUUAAAUCUCAAUAAAAAGCAAAAAAAAGUCAA